UUUAGAAAACUUUGACGAUGAAUAUCCUUGCCUCGUCUUUGAUAUCGGGAUACUCAUUGCUGAUACUCAUCAACAUCAUCCUGCACAAUCCCGACGAUGAAAGGAGUAACUAUCCUGCGUCGCACGACGCAUUUCAUCGUGCUCAACAAACCCGCCCUCAUCUUCUCGCAACCCGCCGAAGUUCCUCUCCAGCACACAGACCGACGCCCGCUGCUCGAUAUUCUCAAGAAACAUCAUCCCGAGUUCUACCCUGAGAAACCAGUGCCCCCAUAUGUCUGGCCAAAGCUCGUGCAUAGACUAGACUAUGGCGUGUCUGGUGCGAUGGUCGUCGGUCUCACUAACCAUGCGGUUCAAAAAUUUCACAGAAACUUCAAGGAAGGCGGCAAUUGCGGAUGGCCGCUCAGAAAAUUGUACCUUGCGGUCGUCAAACCACGGCGGAACGGCAUGCUGUCCGCGCUCAUCGAAAACACAAAAGACCCUUCCAGCACGGUCGCCCUACCCGAAACCAUCACAGAAUGGGACCCCGCCAAAAAAUUCGGCAGAAUAGAGUCCGCAGUGGUAGACGAGGAGAACAAGCGCCGCGAGUCGGCCACCGAAUUCACAAUCCUCAAUACCUCGCCCCGAGGCGGCCCGCCUGGCGAUGAAGUCUUACUCGCGCUCAACCCGAUCAGCGGACGCAAACACCAGCUCCGGAUACACUGCUCACACGUGCUGGGUGCGCCGAUUGUGAACGAUCUCCGGUACGGGUUCGACGAGAUCUCAACCCAGAGAUUCAGGUCGCGCCAGAUCGCGCUUCAUUCGUGGAGAUUUGAAUACAAGCCCGCGCUUAAAUGGGAAAGGGUGUAUGCGCCGAUUGUGGAAGGGAUCGAAGCUGGCGCUGUAUGGCACAACAUCGAUCUUGAAAACUUCGAGGAACCUCCAUUACAAACUCCACAAUUGAACAGUAAAUAGGGAUUGAAUAUUGCUCUGUAGUAUAUGCUCCGCAUUACACUCGUGAUUCGCCAUUGUUCAAUGUUGGUUAUUGAUAUCAUUGUUAUAUAAGGAAUUUCCAGAU